CUGCCGCAGCCAAUCAGCGGCCGCCGGAGCGCCGAGCGGUGAUAACGUCCGCGGAGCAGGCGGCGGUCGGGAGGAACAAAGAGAGACGCCCGUCGCUUUCACUUCGUGCGCACGGAUACGCGGCGACUUGUCGAGGAAACCAUCUUUCCCCCGGUGUCACCGUCUUCUCCCCGACCCUCCUCCUGCCCGGGACGCUCACUUUUAGCUUGUUUUGUUUUCCGAGGGAAAAGAGGAAACUUGGCGUCGCGAGUGUUUUCCUUCUCCAGGUCGCCUCCUCUCUCCAGACCGCCCUGCCUCGGUGGACACGCUGCUCCGGAAGGUGACGCGAGCUCUACUCUGACUAACUAAAGCAAAUGCUGACUUUAUUCCAGGAAACGCCCCAGAGCUUUGAUGUUGUGACCUGCGACCCCUGUUGAAUCGGCAGAGAUGCAAGUUUCUCAAGACGACUGUGCUCUGAUGGAUUAAAAGGACUGAGGAGCAAGUAUUCCCCACUCUUCCACUUGGCUGCUGCGAUUGCAUGUUCACACUGCUGUGUGAGAGCCGCCUGACUCUUCUGGGGGAAAUGCUUUCAUGGAGUGGUUCCCCCGUGGGCUGAAAAGAGUCCAGCAGCGUCGUUCUACCAAGGACCCACUGUGUUGCUGUUGUGCCCAUGAGGUAACGACAGGAGCUUCCACUCCCUCAUUACCACCCUUGGUCCAUCCAUCUCCCUCCCCUUUGUCCCCCUCCUCCAUCGGACCUACCCAGCCAUGGGCCAGAAGAUCUCGGGCAGCAUUAAAUCGGUGGAUGUACGCGGGGAGCCCUCGUAUCAGCCUGUGCGUCGUGAGCUGCGGGGCCCAGACUUCUGUCGGCCCCCCCGGCUGGAUCUACUGCUGGACAUGCCACCGGCCAGUCCCGACGCUCAACUUCGCCACGCCUGGAACUCUGACGACCGCUCCCUCAACGUCUUCGUUAAGGAGGACGACAAGCUGACGUUCCACCGACACCCGGUAGCACAGAGCACAGACUGCAUCCGAGGCAAGGUGGGCUACACCAGGGGCCUCCACGUUUGGCGGAUUCACUGGCCGGCCAGACAGAGAGGCACCCAUGCCGUUGUGGGCGUGGCCACGGCUGAAGCCGCUUUACACUCAGUGGGCUACAUGGCCCUGGUGGGCUCUGACGCAGAGUCCUGGGGCUGGGACCUGGGUCGCAACAGACUCUACCACGACGGAAAGAACAGACCCGUUUCCACGUCUGCACCCACGUACCCGUGUUUCCUGGAGCAAGAUGAGUCUUUUGUGCUCCCAGACUCUCUGACGGUCAUACUAGACAUGGACGAAGGAACGCUGAGCUUCAUGGUCGAUGGACAGUAUCUGGGAGUGGCUUUCAGAGGGAUGAAGGGCAAGAGGCUGUAUCCCAUCGUCAGUGCUGUGUGGGGGCACUGUGAGGUUUCUAUUCGCUACGUCAACGGACUAGAUCCGGAGCCCCUCCCCCUCAUGGACUUGUGCAGACGAGUAGCUCGACUGGCUCUGGGCAGAGAGCGCAUCCAUCACAUCGACACACUCCCACUGCCACAGACUCUAAAGAACUACCUCCAGUACCAGUGACCCACACACACACACACACACACACACACACACACACACACACACACACACACACACACACACACACACACACACACACACACACACACACACACACACACACACACACA